GGAGCACCAAUCAUCUUUGAUACACAAAUUCAUCACAUCCUAUUCAAUAGUGCGAUUGAGAUUUUCCACUUUGUCCAUCGAGACACACACAUCAGUAAAUGUUCAUGCGACGGCGGAUAGCUAUUGUGGUCUUCGUCAUCAUAACCUACCAAAUCAUCUCGGCGCUCCUUACAAGUAGAGCCGAGAAACAACGACAAUUCCUCUUAGAAAAGGAAUUACAAGAAGAACGAGACCAUGAACAUUCUCAGACAGCGGAAUUCAGCAAUGUCCAGACCUUUCCUUCUAGGCAGUUCUUCGGCACUGACUCAAUAAUAUCCGGGCAAUUCGUUCAUUCACCAACUGAAGCGAAUACUGGUAUGCCAUAUGAUGUUUUGGCAGAAUUCAAAGCUGUGUGGAUAGGCAUUGACGGAGAAGCAGAGGUCUACAAGCUAUGCGACAUCUACUCUGAUGGAAAACUACCUAAAAUGCAUGGACAAUUUCCCGUCAAUGUUCCAAUUAGAAGAAAGGAUGUUAAGCAGGACGGCAACAAGCUUAAAUUCAAUAUUCUUGCUGGCCAUGAGAUCAAGCGUUAUGGAAGCUUCGAGUUGUGUAUCUACGAUCCUGCCGCAAAGGGUAAUAAUCCGAACGAUAAGCCUGGUCGUUACGUUUACUCGGGUUUGAAGAUUGGGAUUGAUGAUGUGCAAAAGUACGGCCUUUAUAUGAUCACACAAUUAUCCCCAGAUAUUGAAGGCAAUGAACUAUCGGAAACAUUGCAAUCAAUACGACUCAAAUUAAACAACCCCGCCAUAGCAGAAAUCCACUUUUUGCAGCCAGACGAAGAUCUUGCAGUUUUUCCAGACGAUAUUAUCAGUCAUCCCAAGUUCCGUUUUUCCAUUGCUGGAUCAGCACUCACGUUUGCCCAUGUAGUGGAGUAUGGAAGUCGUGUGCUUACAGACUGCCGGAUUAUUUAUAUGCCUGCAGAAGUCACGGUGGGGACAUCUUUAUUUCAUUUCGCGGAUGUGAGCCCAGCUGUGUUUUUUAGCCAUCUAUAUGCUAUAUCUGCUCAAUACCCAUCAUCGCACGAAAGCGGAACUUCCGGGGCUCUAUCAACGUUCAUGUUUGUUCCUUCACAGUUGGGCCAGCUUCACCCUAACGAAAAAGACAUGCUUGGUGACAAGGCUGAAGCUUUUCACCGAGAAUCAAGCAAACUAUCACAAUCUGUCAGCAGACUGGAAGCUAGCGCCAGAAUCAACGGCCCCCACUUUGUUGAACGUGUUAGGGAAUGGUACCCCAAGGUGUUGGUAGUUGAUCCUAAUCAACUCAUCAGGAUUUCCGACCCUGUACUAGUUAGAGGGCGCAGCGAAUCGAUUUACAGUAGCCCUACAACGCUCAUUCAUCCGGACUGGAAUGACCCAACAUUACUUAAAAAACGAAGCGGAUGGCUUUGGUAAUCCAGCCAUGCUAUCUUCAUAGACAUCUACAUAACUAAAAUGGAGCACAUAGCCAUGAUUUAAACACCAAAACUUUAUGUAAUUUACGAGCAUUCAUUGGUAUCUCGCGAUAGAUAUUUAGAAACAGAGCUUGCACUAUAUAACGGUGCCUUGUAAGCUUAUAUUCAACCUAAUUUGGUUCCUUUUUU